UUCAUCAGAGGAAGAUCACCAAAAUAACUCGCUAAAAAUGCAGUUUCUUGAACCUGUCGAAACGUCCAAAGAAACCGCACCCCCAACUGCAGCUGAGCUGAAAAAGCUAAAGAAACUAGAAAAAAAGAAAGCAAAACAAAGAGCCGCCGAGGAGAAGAAGAAGCAACAUGUUCGGGAUCACCUCAAACGGGAACAACAAUUUACGUUGGAAACUGAGAAGCGGGUUUUUGGAGAUUGGGAAAAAAUGUGUUCCGAUGUAAAAUUUCAAGUGAUCCGAGAAGAGCUUGAGCAAAUCAUGCAAGGUUCCAAGCAUACUCUCGAUAGGAAAAACGUAUGCAUUGACCGAUUGCUCAAAGACCGCGAAGAGAUUGAAGAUGUUUAUUCGAGAAAUCUGCAUCGAUUGAAACGAUUGAUUGAGUAUUAUUUGGAAAUGCAUAAAUUCUUCAUUGAAAAGCUGUCUGAGCAAUAUAAAAAGGACUGCCGAUAUAAGUUAGAUGAAUUUAAUCAAGAUAUUAGUCUUAAAUCAGAUCAUCAAAACGAUAACAUUCAACAGAUGGAAGGUGCACUGUAUUCAUUGGAAGAUGCCAUGCAAAACGGUUUGCAUGACGACCGUAUUGGUUUCAUCAAAAAGAAUGACGGCAACAUCAAUUUUCACAUAGAAAAACGCGACCGGCUUCGUGAUCAUGAAAUCAACAAAAUGGAAGCCCUGCAUUCGGAAAUACAAUCUAUAGUCGACAAUUAUUUUGCAACUAUCCUUCACCCGGAGAAAGAAAAGGCCUUCAACAAAUUAUACAGCGAGGAUGAGAAAACUCUUAAACUGAUUGAUUCCAAUCGCAAAAAAAUGAAAGAGUACAACAGAACCAUCAAGGUGCUCCACAAACGUGUAACAGAGGUGGAAAUCGAUGGAACCAGAAAAAUUUUAACCAGAAGACACGAAAAAAGGAUUCUAGAACAAUCAAUGGAUGAACUGAAACUCAAAUUGAUCAAGUUGAAUGCGAACCAUUUUGAACGCAUGAAAAUAGAUUCGUAUGACGUUCAUCAAGUUCUAAAACAUUUGAACGCACUGCUGGAACGAGGAAGUCUUAUUCUGGCUUUGGCAAAGAACUGUUCCCAGUACGAGUGCGAAAGUGAUGAACAUUACUUCCGGAAUCGAGUCACACAAGGGCACACUGGUCAGCUGGAAUGUCCCCCAGAGUUUGAGUUUAUGUUCGAGAAAAUCAACCGGGUCAAAGCCAUAACGAUACUGCAAAAAGAAGAGCGAAAUAAACUUCAGGAAGAGAACCGUAAGCUUCAGGAGUGGUUCAAAACAUAUUGUGGAACCCAAAAAGUAGACAGCAAUUUAACAAAUUACAAAAUUAUAGGGAAGACCCUCGACGGUCAAAUGAAUAGAAAAUAA